AUGAGUAAGGCAACCAAAAGGGAGAUUGUGGAAGAGGAUUUGGUGAAAUUACUACGGCAUUUCAUUCACAAUUCACACCGGGCUACAGCGAAAGAUGACGUGAAGGGCCACAUCUAUACAGACGACUGUGAAAGACUCUUUGCUGAAGAUUAUGCUUAUUCUGUGAUCCCAAAUCUGAAUGGUGAGCUGUGCUGCCAUUACCCAUAUAAAGUCUUUGUGUUAGAGUAUGAGAAGAGUGAAACAAAAAACGAUCCUUUAGAAGUUCAAAAUGGAGAUAGAUAUGAGAGUUUGUUGGAUAUAGAGAAACUGAAACAGUUUUUUUGGGCUACUCGUUCGGCAAGAUGUCGUGGACGUUUUGUUGUGCCAGUAAUUUUGUUUGAGGGGAAACAAAUUUGUCGUUCCGGCACUCUGGCCACAGGAGUGGAAAUGUUUGGACGCAUUGGUAUCGACUUCUUCCUCAGUCCAGAUUCUGGUUCCACAGCUUCCAAUUCCUGUUUGGAACCUGGUAAAGACAAUCCAAGUGAAUGGCCUAGUCAUGACAAAAUUCGAGGACAUGAUAUCAAACUGCUCAAGUAUCUAAACAUUGAUUAUAUCUGUGAUCUCAUGGUAGAAAAGAAGAAAGUAAAGUAUUAUAUGAGAGUGGCUUCUUCUGAAAAAGUUGACAAAGAAAAUCGUUAUUCUGAUUUCUGUCUUUUGUCCCUUCCUUACCCAGGCUGUGAAUUCUUCAGGGAAUGGAAAGACAGAGCCUACUGUGGGCAAGAAGUUAUGUAUGACUGGAAUCUUCCUUCAAUAGAUGCUGCUUUGGAUAUACCUAAUGAGUUAUAUUCACUUGUAGAUAUUGAUUGGGAUUCUUAUAAGGAAUGGGACCUUCUCACACUCACAAAGAACUACUUUAAACUGCUGAUUACGCUCAUCAGAGAUGGUUCUUCUGGAUUAUUAGUGCACUGCAUUUCAGGAUGGGACCGCACACCACUCUACAUCUCCCUGAUGCGACUCUCUCUGUGGGCUGAUGGUGCCAUUCACCAAUCUCUCAAACCAGAGGAAAUUCUUUACCUUACCAUAGCUUAUGAUUGGUAUCUUUUUGGUCACUGUUUACCUGACAGAAUAGAGAAAGGAGAAGAGAUAUUUCGGUUCUGCUUCCAUUUUUUAAAGUUCAUCACAUCAGACGAAUUCUCUGUUUAUCCUGAUUCCAGACAAGAUAUCAAAGGACAGUGGAAUUUGGCUAGAGGAAAAUGCUAUAAAGAAAAGGAAGAUCCUGCUUCUUUUGAGAACAAGUCUCAAGACAUGACUGCUGUUUUUUUCUUCCACAAGUUAAUAAUUCUAUCUAUCUAUCUAUCUAUCUAUCUAUCUAUCUAUCUAUCUAUCUAUCUAUCUAUCUAUCUAUCUAUCUAUCUAUCUAUCUAUGUGUGUAUGUGUCUAUUCAUUUAUAAACACCAAGACAAAAGUCUACAAGAUGGAGAUUCAGACUUACUCAGCUGCUCAGUGUCCCAACUGUCAGAAUCUACAAGUCCCUCUGGAGCUCAAGUCUUUCUCAGUGAAGGAACACAAAGUGCAACCUAUGUGCCUCACAAGUCAUCCACCUGUACAAGUGAUGACAACAGAAAUGCACAGAUGUGCAGAUCACACCAGAUGCAAUCUUCUGCCUCCUCCUCUUCUUCUUCUUCAGUUGUUGACACCAGUGCCACUGCUACAACCUCUUCACCAUUAAGGUGCCAAUCAUCGCAGAUGCUUCUUACCUGUGGAAGCUGUUAUCCUGAUGAAACUUGCUCACACAGUUUCCCCACUUCAUCUGCCUCUCAUUAUACACCUUCCUGGUUCUCAUCACCAGCACACACAGCUCAUAUCUCAUCUCCUGCCACACUAACCCAUUCACUGUCUGAAGAAAACGUACCAUCUCGUGCCAGUCGACUUGCCUGUGUUCGCAACAUGUUCUUCCAUGCUUAUAGUAUUGCAGAGACUAGCAGAAAUGGGCAUAACUCAAUGCUGGAAACAUUAAGCGAUGGUCUUCGUUGGGGCACAAGCAGAAUGGACGAUAGACUGUUACCAACAAGAUUUUGGUUAAGAGCAGCUAAAAAUUAUCCUCCAGCACAUGUUUAA